UAAUUUCUGGGAUUUCAGCAUCUUGCUUUCGUUGUAAUAAUUGCGUUUUAUGGACAGAUCUGCUAAACUGAAAAACUUUUUUCACAUCUGCUUUUUGUUUCUCUUCAUUGUUUAGUUAGAUUUUCUCAGCCAGAUGUUAGGAAGAAAACAGUCCCUGUUAAUUCACACUAAUGUGAGACUGAUGGGGCUUUAACCCUCUGAGAGGAGUAUACAUUUUAAAAGGAUUAAUAAACCAGUUCUCUUGUUUUGUAGAAUUUCAUCUGAACAAAAUGAGUUGUAAUCCAUUUCAGGAAUGUGGGGAAAAUAAUUGAAAUCAGGCUUAUUAAGAGAGGCUGGCUGUUUCUGCUAGAGCGCUUCUUUCCAGGGUUGGGCCUCUUUAGAAACUGCAGGUUCUCUGAACACCUGAUAACUUGCUGAAUCUGUUAAACUGCUGGAUAAGGAAGCUGAGGCUCAAGGUUAAUCAUUUGCCUAAGGUCGCUCUGCUGCGCUCCAUCCCUUCUCCUAAAGAUGCAUCCUGACUUAUCUCCACACUUGCACACUGAAGAAUGCAACGUCUUGAUUAACUUGCUUAAGGAAUGUCACAAAAAUCACAGCAUUCUGAAAUUUUUUGGUCAUUGCAAUGAUCUUGAUCGGGAGAUGAGAAAGUGCUUGAAGAAUGAGUACAUGGAAAAGAGGACCAAGAGCAGGGAGCAUGGCAAUGCGAUGAGAAAAAGACUUUUUAAUCCCGCAGAGGAAUCUGAAAAAUAAAUUGCAGGCAUACCUCGUGUUAUUGUGCUUCAUUUUAUUGAGCUUCGCAGCUAGUGCAUUUUUUUCAAAUUGAAGGUUGGUGGCAACCUCGCGUCGAGUGAGUCUAUUGGUGCCAUUUUUCCAACAGCAUUUCUCACCUCGUGUUUCUGUAUUGCAUUUUGGUAAUUCUUACAAUAUUUCAAACUUUAUAAUCACUAUUAUAAUUCUUAUGCUGGUCUGUGAUGUUACUAUUGUCCUUGUUUCGGGGCAUCAUGAAGCGUGUCCACAGAAGACAGUGAACUUCAUCAGCGUUGUGUGUGUUCUGACUGCUCACCUACCAGCCCUUCCCUCGUCUCCCCUUGUCCUCGGGCCUCCCUGUUCCCUGAGACUCAGCAGUAUUGAAAUUAGGCCAGUUAGGAACCCUACGCUGGCCUCUAAGGGUGCAAGUGACAGGAAGAGUCCCUUGUCUCUCGCUUUAAGUCAAAAGCCAAAAGUGAUUACGCUCAGGGAGUAGGGCGUGUCGAAAGCGGAGAUAGGCCGGAGCCAGGCCUCUUGCGUCGUUUAGCCAAGCUGUGAGUGCAAAGGGAAAGUUCCCGAAGGAGAUCAAAAGGGCUCCUCCAGCGGACACGCAAAUGCGAAGAAAGCGAGAGGCCUUACUGCUGAUGUGGAGAAGGUUUCAGUGGUCUGGAUAGAAGAGGAAACAUUCUUAAGCCAAAGCCUAAUCCAGAGCAAAGUGCUAACUCUCUCCAGUUCCGUGGAGGCUGAGAGGCGAAGAAGCUGCACAAGAAAAGCUUGAAAUUGGCCGAUAUUGGUUCGUGAGGCGCAAAGGAAAGAGGCUGUCGUCCUGACCUCAAAGUCCAAGGUGAAGCAGCAGGCGCUGUUGGAGAAGCUCCAGCCACGUGGAGGCAAGGCCCUUCACCAGCAAAAAGACUGACUUGCGAAAAGCUCAGGUGAUAUGGUUAGCACCUUAUAAACAAUAAAGUAUUUUUUAAUGAAGGCGUGUACAUUGAUUUUUAGACGUAAAGCUAUUGUAUACUCACUAGACUACAGGGUAGUGUAAAUAAAACUUUUAUAUGUGCUGGGAAGCCAGCAAAUUCAUUUGACUCAUUUUGCUGUGGUAUUUGCUUUCUUGUGGUCUGGAACCAAAUCUUUAGGAUCUCUGAGGUUUGCCUGUAUACUUCCACUAGGUGCCUUAGCUGAGAGAAGACCUAAAACCUCUUGGUGGAUAACUGAAAGAAUCUUACCUCAUUUGGUCUCCAGAAUCCUUUGGACAGAAAGUGACCCAUGAGAAAUCAAGCCAUGGAGAAAUAUGGAAACCCCGAUUCUGAGUAUUUUGUUAGGCAGAGAGCAUUAGGUACCUUCUCCCUUCUGCCAACACACCUGACUUGUAACGUGUUCCCUCCCUUUGCCAACAAUCAGUUAACAUUUGCGUAACUUAUCUCCUUCAAUAAAAUAAUUGACUUGAA